AUGGCUGAAAAAGAGGCUGCCGACGCUUCUGACACUUUGGUUUUUGAGCAGGACUUCUCUCAGUUGGAACAGAGCUUGGAGGAAGAAACAUGGGAGGUGGAUGACGAUGAUGAAACGCUGGAGCUCUAUACCCCGGAGGCCAAAGAUGCCGAACCGGGUGCAGUCAUGGUGACGAAGGGUGGCCUUGCUUCGGUGGCAGAGUUGGUGCACCAAUUCGGCAGCGGUUGGAAGGUGAGCCGCUUGUGCAUGGAGUUGGUGUGUGAAUCAAUUGACCUGGACUCCAAUGGGACCUUUACUGUGGGUUUGGCCUUUGAUGAUGAUCUAGAAGAGGCGGUCCUUUUGGCCUGCACCAUCCGUCGGCCGCGUCCAGAGACCAAGCUGCCCAGAGAACCAGGUGAUCCGCCAGAGGAAGCCGAGCCGCCUAAGCCCAUCGCGUUGCACGUCAAUGGUCAGGUGGCUGAGGAAGAUCUGGGCGAACUCCCCAAAAGGAUCGAGCUUGACGUGCAGCUCAAUUGGGAGGAGAAGACCACUUUGGUGAAGCACAAAGUUCGGGAGUCACCUACUUCGGCGGAGGAGUCCGCUACGUCCACGGGAUUCUACACCACGGACGUCGCCUUUGAUGUAGCCAAGGCCGUUUUCCUACGUGCCACUGGCAGUGUCCGAGUCCGGCUACUGUCGCUGAAAUGCAGUUGCGACACCUAG